GACCAUGCUGCUUUGCAUGAAGAACUUCCACCGAACUACCUUUUUCCUCCCGAAGAUGCCUCCGACGACUUGACGCAGCUUACAACCUUGCUGGCCGGACCACAGGGUACACCGUACUCCCAAGGACUGUGGCGAUUGCACCUAAAAAUACCAGAAGACUACCCCACGAGCCCACCUAAGGCGACUUUCAAGACCCGAAUAUGGCAUCCCAAUGUGGAGGAGUCCACCGGCGCGGUAUGUGUGGACACCUUGAAGCGAGACUGGAAGUCGACUUUGACUCUGAAGGAUGUAUUGAUUACUAUCUCGUGCUUGCUCAUCUACCCAAAUCCUGACUCCGCUCUUAAUUCUACGUCUGGUGCUCUACUCCAAGAAAACUACGAUGCAUUUGCCCGUCAGGCCAAACUAAUGACGUCUAUUCACGCCCCCGUCCCUGCAGAGCUAAGAACAGCGGCCCUGGAAGCGAAGAUGAGAGGCGAGGAAUCUGACACCACGAUCCCCGAACAAGAGGAAGCAUCGCGAUGCUUAAGAUCCCGACAGGGAGCUAGAAUCCAGUCAUUGACCAUGAAGAAGAAGACUGGUGCCAACCGGAAAGACACCGGUGGACCAUCACAACUCAACGACCAUUACGAAUCAUCAGAACAACAUCCCCAUCAUCAAUCCGAACACAUCGAUUCAUCACUCUCAGAUGGCGAGAAUGACAAUGACAACGAGAACGAAAACCCCUCCUGCUCCACAAAAGAAAACGACCCCUCCCUCUCACCCUCCCCAGUUAAACUGGCCCCUCCGAGUCCCCGCAAAAAUGCUCAUGGGAAACGCCCCUUAUCCGUCCUCACCAUGUCCAUGGACCCCGACCCAUUCGCCAUGGAUACAGAAGACAUUGACGCCGACGGCAUGACACCCUCAGAACGAAACAUCGCCGCAAACAUAUCACCCAUUAUUGACCCCCGAGACCGAGACCGCGAUUCCUCCCCUCAACGCAAAUCCCCCAAACUCUCCCUCCUAAACAGGGGAGGCAUUAACGCCUCCGGUCGUAUCCGCGAAGACCUAAAGAUAUACGAAGACAUCCCAUCAGACCCCUCGCACCCCUUACGCCAUUGUACUACGGGACACGGGAAGGAGAAUCGCGCCUCGUCCAAAAACCCAGGCUCAUUCAUGAAAAAGUCCCAUCCCCCGCAUCUUUCUGCAUCUGUUACUUCCUCCGCUGCAUCUUCGCUAUCGGCUGCCUUGAACUCGACAAGCUCUAGGAUUUCGAGACCUAGUGCUAGCACUCGGAAAGUGUCGUCAUCGAGUAUGAAAAAGGUAAAGCCUCGGAUAGGCAUUCGGAGACUAUGA